ACAAGGGUCUGUACAAGGAGGCCAUGAUGGAGGAGCACCAGCCUCUUAUAUCACAGGAAAAUCCCAGUAAGAAAUGUGAAAAUGUCAUGUUACCACUAGAUGAAGAUAUCCUGCAGCGCUCUUCAGGAGAAAACCUCAUUACCCUUAAUGUAUAUCCAGGACUUCACAGUACAGAUCUGUCAUAUAAUCCUCCUAAUUAUGAGGAACCUUCUUCUGACCAAUUACAGAUUGUUACUGCAAGUACAAGUCAGAAAAGGAUUAAAAGGUUUCAUUGUGGUAAAGAAUCCACAAACAGCUCAGGACUUUCUACACACCGAAGACGUCACAAAGGAGAGAAAAUGUAUUCAUGUUCAGAAUGUGGGAAAUGUUUCACACAGAAAUCAAAUCUUGUUAAGCAUGAGAGAAUUCACACUGGGGGAAAGCCGUAUUCAUGUUCAGAAUGUGGGAAAUGUUUUACAGAGAAAUCCAAUCUUGUUAAACAUCAGAGAUGUCACAAAGGAGAGAAAGCAUAUACAUGUUCAGAAUGUGAGAAAUGUUUCACACGAAAAUCAAAUCUUGUUAGACAUAAGAGAUGUCACACAGGAGAGAAAGCAUAUUCAUGUUCAGAAUGUGGGAAAUGUUUUAGACAAAAAUCACAUCUUGUUUUACAUGAGAGAAUUCACACAGGAGAGAAGCUAUUUUCAUGUUUAGAAUGUGGGAAAUGUUUCACACAGAAAUCCAAUCUUGUUAUACAUGGGAGAAUUCACACUGGGGAAAAGCCAUAUUCAUGUUUAGAAUGUGGGAAAUGUUUUACAGAGAAAUCAAAUCUUGUUAAACAUGAAAGACGUCACACAGGAGAGAAAGCAUAUACAUGUUCAGAAUGUGGGAAAUGUUUCACAAGGAAAUCAAAUCUUGUUAAACAUGAGAGAAGUCACACAGGAGAGAAACCAUAUUCAUGUUCAGAAUGUGGGAAACGUUUUUCAGAUAUAUCAAGCCUUCUAAAACAUAAGAGGAAUCACACAUGAGAGAAGCUGCGAUCAGAAUGAGAAAAAAUGUUUUGUUUCUAAAGCCAUAAUUAGGGGUCAUUAGUGAAGUCACACAAGAGAGAAGCCAUAUGGCCACAAUAUAAGGAAACAAUAUAUCACUGGGUCAUAGACAUUGUUUUCAUUUCAGGUUGUAUAUUUGGAUAUAAAAGCUUAAUUGAUGUCACAUAACGGCUUCUAUAAAACAUCUGAUAAAUCCUG